ACCGUUAUCUCUUUGGGUCAUUUUGUUUGAACGAUUGUACUUGACCUGUCUCACUUUGGAUUACUCCCCAACACAAAUAAUGAAUUGUACUCCAUUGUUGACCACAGAUUUGGCAUCCUGUCUCAAUGUCUCCCCAGAACAACAUAAUUAAGGUUGUUUCUAUCAAAGAAUGCCGUGAAGGUAAAGCUGAAUUGGGAAAUGGGGAAGAAUAUAAUACUACCCAAGUUGAAAAGAAUUACAAUUUUUAUGGUUUUUCUGGUCCCAAACUCAAGUAUAUAAACCGGUUGGAUGACCAUUCUUUUCACCAUCUCAGCACUGCAGUAACAAAAGACAGAAAACAAUAACAAUACCAUGAAAACCUCCAGCUUAGGCGCAUUUCUUCUCGUGUUGUUGGCUUUUGCCACUCUAACACAGUCUUGCUUAGCUGCUGGCAGGUUGCAGGCCUGCCAGCCGAGCGGCAAGAUACGAGGCAUAAAGCCGCCUCCCGGGAAAUGCAACCGAGAGAAUGGUUCAGACUGUUGCAAACAAGGCCAACUGUAUACUACUUACAAAUGCUCACCCGCUGUCAUUGGAGCAACCAGGGCGAUUCUCACGCUGAACAGCUUUGAGAAAGGGGGAGAUGGUGGCGGGCCAUCAGAAUGCGACAACCAUUACCACUCUGAUGAGAAGCAUGUUGUGGCCCUUUCAACUGGAUGGUAUAGUGGAGGGGACAGAUGCCUUAAUUACAUCAAGAUAAGUGCUAAUGGAAGGACUGUGACAGCUAUGGUGGUGGAUGAGUGUGACUCGACAAUGGGGUGUGAUGAUGAACAUGAUUAUCAGCCACCUUGUCGCAACAACAUUGUUGAUGCAUCUAAAUCUGUCUGGGAAGCCUUAGGCUUAGAUCAGAAUGAAGGACAGCAUGAAAUCACUUGGACCGAUGCCUAAACUAUAUAUUGUGUUUAAUUUUCUGCAGUAUUUAUCUAUAUGUAAACGUGUGUGUCUGUGUUUGAUGAUUUCUGAUAAUAAAUAGUAAAAGGUUUUUGGUUUUCAAGGA